AUGUCCGAUCCAUACCAAACCCACUACUACAACCAGUACGGUCAACCACCAGCUGGCUACGGUCAGCAAAACGGUGGGCACAAUAAUCCGGGUUAUUCCAGCUAUUAUCCUCCUCAGCAAGACCAAUAUGGUCAGCCUCCCCAAUAUACACACAACCAGUCUACUUCUCCAUACACUCAGUAUCCCAACCAAUUCGUCAACAACGUUCCUCCAUACGCGCAGCAGGGCUACGCACCAAACUACGACGAAAAGACACCUCAAGGCGGAUAUCCAGAUGGAAAAACCGCGCAUAUGAACUACGGAUAUGAUCCGUCGUAUCCCCUACAGCCUCAGUAUCGCCAGGGCGAGAGUUCUUCAUAUUAUGCCACCCAGUCGGUUCCUCUGGAUACCAAACAGUCGUUGGCACCGGAUACCAAAGCGCCAGAGGGCGAAAGAGGAUUGAUAUCGACGGUGGCCGGUGCAGCUGGUGGUGGCUUGCUCGGCCAGAAAUUCGGGGGUGGGAUGCUAGGUGCUGCAGGAGGUGCAUUGGCCGGGGCUGCAGGGAUGAAUAUCGCUAGUAAAUUGCGCAAAAGACAUAAGCAAAGGCAUCAUGGGAGACGGAGCGGCAGGCGCGGAUAUUCCAGUUCUUCGGGUUCGAGCUCGAGCUCGAGUUCGAGUUCGAGUUCGAGUUCAAGCUCCUCCAGUGAUAGUGAUUGA